CCCGCCCUCCUCAGGAUCAUAGACAUGGAUGUUGUGCCGAUUUGCUCUCUCCGCGGAGCGGCCCGAGCUGCACGGUAAUGCGUGUGUGCGCACUCGUCGCCUGUCGUCCCGGUAGAACAGUUCCAGGUACAGGUCGGUGACGCUAUUCAGGGAGCCAGCAGCGGAGUCACCACGGCUACGAAACUAGAAACUCCUGUCGGCUGCCGCCAAGACUUUGUGGUGCCAUGAUGAAGAAGGUUGGGGAAGCUGUCCCGCUGUUGUUGCUGCUUUUCUUCAUGCAGCACAGAGGGGGAACAUGCUACAGCCUGCCAGGGAAGCCCACGCAGAUCAAGUGUCGCUCUCCCGAAAAAGAGACCUUCACCUGCUGGUGGGAGCCAGGCUCCGACGGGGGACUGCCCACAACAUACGCCCUGUACUAUCGCAAAGAAAAGCACACACAGUCAGGGCUUCAGGAAGCAGCGUUGGGCUUCACUGUAACAUUGUGCAUGCAGACAUGCGAUAACGCGCCGUUCCCUUUCCCCUCUCGCAGCUCGGAGGUCGUGCACGAGUGUUCCGACUACCGCACGGGCGGAAAAAACUCCUGCUUCUUUAACAAGAACAACACGUCCAUCUGGGUCAACUACAACAUCACCGUGGUGGCCACCAACGCCCUGGGCAGCACCUUCUCCGACCCCAUGGACGUAGACGUGGUCUAUAUUGUCGAGCCUUAUCCUCCCGAGAACGUGACAGUGGCUGUGAUGGGGAACAAACGUUGGCCCUUCCUUCGAGUGUCAUGGGAACCGCCGCGUAUGGCUGACACCGCCUCCGGAUGGAUCACUCUCAUCUACGAGCUCCGGGUCAAGCUGGAAGGGGAGCACGAAUGGGAGGUGCACAGAGCCGGCCAGCAGAAGAUGUUUAACAUUUUCAGCCUGUCAGGCGGUACAUACUUUAUUCAGGUGCGCUGCAGGCCCGAUCAUGGCUUCUGGAGUGAAUGGACUUCCACAUCCACCAUCGAAGUUCCUGACUUUUUUAACAGGGAGACGUCAGUGUGGAUCCUCAUCACCAUCUUCAUCGUCUUCAUCUUUGUCGUCCUCAUUUGGCUGAUAUUCAUGAACAGCCACAGUUUGAAGCAUUACAUUCUGCCACCGGUCCCUGGUCCUAAAAUCAAGGGAUUUGAAAAUCAGCUUCUAAAGACUGGCAAGUGUGAUGAAACCUUCAGCGCCCUAGUGGGGUCUGAUUACCCCCCAACCUCAAUGUCUAGCUACGAGGACUUGCUGGUGGAAUACUUAGAGGUGUACGUGCCCAGCGAGCAGGAACUGAUGCUGGAGGAAACCAAGGACAUGCACGACGGUUGCCUCAAAUCCGAGAGCUCCGCUUCCGACAGCGACUCUGGCCGGGGCAGCUGCGACAGCCACACCCUGCUGAUGGAUAAGUGUGGCGAGGCAAAAGAGGCCGACCUGCAAACGGAGCAGGAGGGCAGGCAGGUGGAGGCGGAGGCGCAGAGGCACCAGGCAGCCUGGGAAGCGCUGACGUAUGCCCACGAAGACAUGGUCAGCCCCGACAUGUCCGGCGGAAGGGUGAAGACGUGGCCCUCUGUGUUUUCUCCGCUGCCUCAGUACAGCUCGAAACCACUGAAUCCGCUGGGCUCGCUGGAGACGGCGAAGCAGCACUGCCUCUCUGACAGCCAGCUGCCGGCAGACUGUUUGUCCUCUUACCUCGACCAGCCUGUCGACGACGUCUCGCAGGUCCUCGGCUCGAGCUACUCGAAGUUCUGCUUGAGCAACAAGGAGCCUCAUCUGCUCCAUCCCGCGGAGGCUCGCCGGCACCUCCAGGCCCACAGCGACGUCAACAUCUCCGUCGUCGGCCGCAAAGAAGCGCCCGCAAGCCUGAAGCCGCCCCCUCCACAGCCAACGGAGUACGUCGAAGUCCAGCAGGUCAAAGAUGAGGAUAUAGUGCUACUCCAUCCUGUUUCUUCAAGCCAUGGAAAAUUUUACUCCAACGAGGGGGAGGAUUACAGCAAAGUGAAGGGGGUGGACAAAGACAAAGUACUGUUGCUCCAGAGAGAGGUGGUGGAAGAAGACAUGUGCCUUUGUGAGAGCCAGGAGACAAAUGGAGCAACCGAGAGCUGCUACGCAACGUCCAUUAUCAGUGCUGCUCAGAAACCCACAGCCUGCAUUAAUCCCACACUGCCUGUCCAGGCGCUGAACGGGUAUGUUGACAGUUCCACUAUGUUCACCCUGUCUACAUACUAGGCAGAUGGCAGGUGUUGGAAGAAACUGAGUACUGAGACAAAAGACAAAGACACUAACACUGGAUGACUCGGACAAGGGCCGCGAAGACUUGCCGUUAUUUAGUUUUUAUCUUCGAGUAAAACACAUCUCGUCACCGAUUGCUGUGCAGUUACACAAUCAAGAGUUGAUUGAACGAUGUCAAUAAGAAUCUUUACGCAAGCUAAAAAGUAAUAUAAGAAUGAAAGAAUACAUAUACACUACCACCAGUCAAACGUUCGGACACACCUACUCAUUGAAUUGAAAGAGAAGGUGUGUCCAAUCUUUUGACUGCUAGUGUACGUAUAUAUACAUAUAUAUAUAUAUAUGAUUGUAUAAAUUAAGUGGUAAUGUAUAUAUCUAUGUAUCUGUGCGUUCCUGGGCACAUAUAACUUUUUUUUAAAUAAUUAUUCUCAUGAAACAUGUAGUGUUUUGUCCAUUGCAAUUAUUUGUAUAAAAUCAAAAUUGUAGAAGUCUUUUCCAUGGGAUGUUUUCGCUUUAUUUCAGAUUUUGUAUUUCUCUAUUCUCCCUUGCACCUGCAGAAACCCCACUGAUAUAUAAGAUAUAAGAAAAAUAAAAAAACUUUGUUCUAUUUUUCUUUCAGAGAUUAUUUACCAAAUUAAAGAAACAAAAAUGUUUUUUUUCUCUUUUUCUGGAUGAGAAUAUAGUUUUGUGAUUAUACCAUUUACGACACUGUGCUUUUUACGUAUAUGUAUCUGUAUUGCUACACACGUAUAGCUUUAACAGUGCAAUUUGGCCUUCGUUGAGAAUCUUGUCGUGAAAAUCCUGUUCAUAAUAAAUUUAAGAUUUAAGCUUUGGCACGUUGUUCAUUUUGUGUAUAUGUGUGUGUACUGAUCAUUACACUUCUGUUGAUGAUGUUAUCACACAUGAUUGACUAAAAAAAAAAAUAAUAAAGCAAACUGGUGUUGUUUGUUGCUAAUGAAAUUAAAUCUUUGUAUACGUUUUUAAA